AUGGACAAGUCGAUAAAACGCUUCUGUCAAGUCGAUCCAAUGGAGUUCUUUGCCUACCCACCCAAAGAAGCACCUCUACCACCACCAGCACUGGAGCUGCACGUUUAUCCACCGUUUGCUGAAUUCAUCGAAUUCGGCGGUGCAUCAAAGCAUGUUCUGACCAACGCUGGCUCAUCUCGGAUGGUUUUUAAAGUGAAGUGUAGCAACAACUCAUUAUUUAAGGUGAGUACUAAGCGAAAGAACAGGGAAUUGAUUGUAAUUACCAAAAAGUAAGU